CUGCGCCAAGUGCCGCCGCCGGGCAUCCCAUCCACCUCCCGUCCUACUCCCUGAAGGCAUGAACCCCCGUUCCAAGCGCCCUAUACCGCCGCCAUCUCCCGUUCCCCUUUCCUUUGUUCUCUUUCGUCUGCUGGGCAAACCAACGCCGCCAGCCACUGGUCGAUCACUUCCAGCCAAGGAGUGGCGGACGCGCAGGGCUUGGAGUGUGGCGGACAGGCGGAUCCUGUAGCGGCAGAGACAGGUACGGACGAGAGAGGUGAGUUCUCCGCACGAUCGGCUGGGACAGGGGAACGACGCGCGCAACUGUGUGGCCUGGGGGGGCAUUAAACGCUUAAACGGCGAUCAAUCGUCGCUUAAUCGAUUGCUGUCGGGUACUCCUGGCACUCAGAAGAGGUUGAACUAAGAUAGGGAUAUUCAAUGACGGGUGGAUCGGGUGUGGUGGUGAUAGACAAUGGGGGUGGUCUUCUCAAGGCUGGCUUUGGGGGGGACAAUGAUCCAAUUGCUGUUGUCCCCAACUGUAUGGCCAAACCCCCUGGUGGCAAUGCCAGCUCGAAGAAAUGGCUUGUGGCUGACCAGCUGCAGGCAGAAGAUGUCGAUGUGACUGGCAUGACUUUGAAGCGUCCUAUUGACCGUGGCUAUCUUAUCAAUACCGAGGUGCAGAGGGAUGUGUGGGAACGGGUUUUGCGCAAUCUUCUCCAGGUUGAUCCUACUAACUCGUCCUUGUUACUGGUGGAACCCAUGUUUAACCCUCCAGCGAUACAGCAUGCAACUGAUGAGCUAGUGUUCGAGGAGUUUGGCUUCAACUCGCUUUAUGUUGCAGAUGGUCCUUCCCUUGUCCACCUUUAUGAGGCUAGCCGACAACCAAUGAUGUUUCGUGCCCAAUGCAGCCUUGUUGUUGACUGUGGCUUCUCUUUCACCCAUGCAUCCCCUGUACUUCAGAACUUUACUCUUAAUUAUGGUGUUCGGCGUAUGGACCUUGGCGGCAAGGCCCUUACAAACUAUCUCAAGGAGCUCGUCUCAUACCGUUCCCUUAAUGUUAUGGAUGAAACUCUCCUCAUUGAUGAUGCAAAGGAAAAGCUAUGUUUUGUCUCGCUUGAUGUCCCUGGUGAUCUACACCUUGCCAGGUUAUCAUUUAAGGAUAACCCUUUUAGAUGUUCUUAUAUUCUCCCUGAUGGUAUAACAUACAAGAAAGGGUUUGUCAAGGAUAUGGAUGAAGCACUUAGAUAUCGCACCCUGCCUCAAGUAUCAGAUAGCAAAGACCAUGGUAUGGAUACAAAUAAGUCCGAGGAUCGGAAAAAGGCAGAAUUAAGUCAAAAUGAAUUUGUCUUGACAAACGAGAGGUUCCUUGUCCCAGAGAUGCUUUUUCAUCCCAUUGAUCUUGGCAUAAAUCAAGCUGGGCUUGCUGAGUGUAUAGUUCGUGCUGUACAAGCUUGCCAUCCAUAUCUUCAACCUGUGCUUUUUGAGAGCAUCAUCUUGACAGGUGGAAGCACACUGUUCCCCAGAUUCACCGAAAGAUUGGAGAGGGAACUUCGGCCUCUUGUCCCUGACGACUACAAGGUUAAGAUAACUCGUCAAGAGAACCCAAUUUUUGGUGUCUGGAGAGGCGGAUCUAUUCUAGCAUCAAGUCCUGAUUUCGAAUCAAUGUGCAUAACGAAGUCUGAGUACGAGGAGAUGGGAUCAGCACGGUGCCGACGAAGGUUUUUUCACUGAACAGAAUACUGAGUUUUUGGCGAAGUAGCUUCAGUGUAGGUCAAUCGCUUAGGAGAAGCGAGUCUUGUUUGUAAAUACUGGUGUUGCAUGUAUUUAGUCCAGAUGUUUGACAGUUUGGUGGUAUAUGAAUUAGAAGUCCGGUUAACAGUAA